GCCUAGCUAGUGUUUCCAGUCGGAACCAAUUUGCGGUGCACCGGGCGUAACCAACGUAACCAAGGAGCUAACGUUAGGCUAGUUAGAUGUAGCUAGCUAGCUUUAGAUUCCUAUCAACGUACGCAGCGGUAGAAUAAACACUAUAUAUGCGGUUAUUGAGGGACAUUAAUGAAACUAGUUGGUGUCACUUUAUUGUACUAACUGCACUCUAGCUGUCGUCGACGUGUUUUGGGUUUAAACUGGUUGUUUUCCUCAUUAGCUGUUAGCCAGUUAGCUCGCUAGUUAGCCUCCUCAGCUAGCUCCAGUACAGUAGCGUAUGGGUGUCAAAGUUAGCCGUGACUUCACCGCCGGGUGUCUGGUUGCCUGAUCUCACAUUUCGGACACGUCAAGGUUCCUGAAAUUGGUGUCUUGAUUUUGGGGGCUGUGAUGUCGGAGCCCAAGACCCCCACUCCCACUCCUGCUGGCGACACAUACAAAGGAUGGGUGUUCAAGUGGACAAAUUACAUCAAGGGUUAUCAGCGGAGGUGGUUUGUCCUGAGCAAUGGGCUGUUGUCAUACUACAGGACCCAGGCGGAGAUGGGCCACACCUGUCGAGGCACAAUCAACCUGGCCACAGCAACCAUCACCGUGGACGACGCCUGCAACUUUGUCAUCUCCAACGGCGGGGCACAGACGUAUCACCUGAAGGCCAGCUGCGAAGUGGAACGUCAGCGCUGGAUCACCGCGCUGGAACUGGCCAAAGCCAAGGCGGCCCGCAUGCAGGCUGAGUCAGACGACUCGGGGGACGACUUUUCCCUGUCUUCCCCGCCGACGGCACCGGGACAAGGCGGCGGGUCACAGAAUUCAGAAGUUCAGUCUGCUCUCAGAACACUAGGCAGCAAGGUGGAGGAUCUCAGCACGUGCAACGACCUAAUUUCAAAGCAUGGCUCUGCCCUCCAGAGAUCUUUGUCAGAACUGGACAGUUUGCGUCUGACCGGAGAGGCCGGGGAUAAGAUUCGUCAGGUGACAGAGAGGGCCACGCUUUUCCGCAUCACCUCUAACGCCAUGAUUAAUGCGUGCCGAGACUUCCUCGCGUUGGCUCAGGCUCACAGCAAGCGAUGGCAGAAGGCCCUGCAAGCAGAGCGGGACCAGCGGGUCAGGCUGGAGGAGACUUUGGAGCAACUGGCCAAGCAGCACAACCACCUGGAGCGAGCGUUCAGAGGGGCCGCACAGGCUAACGCUACCGCAGACAAUAAAAGUGCUUCCGGGCCGGGAAAAGGCGAGGCCAGCGACGAGGACGACGACAACGAGUUCUUCGAUGCCAUGGAAGAGGCACCCGAGUUCAUCACUGUGCCCGCAGAUCCUCAGUUUCACAAAAGGUCGAGCAGUAACAUCAGCGGUUUCAACAGUGAAAUGUGUCCUGAUGAUCAGUCGCUCAACGAGGAGCCUUUAGCGAUGAACCAGGAAUCUCCCUCGCAGGAGCUGGUACCCCUGAAGAAGAGGCGGUCACGCAUUGCGGAUAAACCCAACUACUCCCUCAACCUGUGGAGUAUCAUGAAGAACUGCAUUGGCAAAGAGCUAUCCAAGAUCCCAAUGCCUGUAAACUUCAACGAGCCCAUUUCCAUGCUGCAGCGGUUGUCGGAGGACCUCGAGUACCACGAGCUGCUGGACAAGGCCUCCAAGUGCCACAGUUCGCUGGAGCAGAUGUGCUACGUGGCCGCCUUCUCCGUGUCCUCGUACUCGACCACCGUCUACCGCACGGGCAAGCCCUUCAACCCCUUGCUGGGGGAGACCUACGAGCUGGACCGCCGGAGAGAGAGCGGCUACCGCUCCCUCUGCGAGCAGGUGAGUCAUCACCCCCCCGCCGCAGCGCACCAUGUGAUCUCCGAUCGUGGCUGGACCUUGAGGCAGGAAAUCACCGUUGCCAGCAAGUUCAGGGGCAAAUACCUCUCCAUCAUGCCUUUAGGCACAAUUCACGCCAUAUUUGAAAAGGGCAACAAUCACUACACAUGGAAGAAAGUUACCACCACAGUGCACAACAUCAUCGUAGGGAAACUAUGGAUCGAUCAGUCAGGAGAGAUAGACGUGGUGAACCACACCACCGGAGACCGCUGCCACUUGAAGUUUGCUCCUUACAGCUACUUCUCCAGAGAUGUGGCCAGGAAGGUAACAGGUGUGGUGAUGGACAAGGACGGCAAGGCCCACUACGUGCUGUCAGGCACGUGGGAUGAGAAGAUGGAGUUUUCCCGGGUGAUGCAGAGCAGCAGAGGAGGAGAGAAUGGCACCGAGGGCAAACAGAAGACGGUCUAUCAAACCCUCAAAGCCAGAGAAGUUUGGAGGAGGAACCCUCUACCUGAGGGAGCGGAGACCAUGUACUACUUCACCGACUUGGCGCUGACCCUAAACGAGCUCGAGGAGGGCGUGGCGCCCACCGACAGCCGGCGCCGGCCCGACCAGCGCCUCAUGGAGGAGGGCCGCUGGGACGAGGCCAACUCGGAGAAGCAGCGGCUGGAGGAGAAGCAGCGCAGCGUCCGGCGGGAGAGAGAGAGGGAAGCUGCCAGCCAACGCACCUCCAGCCAGUCAGAAGAAGCUGUCGAUGAGGACUCUCUAACUGAUCCGUCCUUAAAAAGCCCACCUCAUGACAGCUACGAGGCAAAUUGGUUCGAGCGCGGCGAGGACCGGAUCACAGGUGAGCAAAUCCAUAUCUAUAAGGGAGGAUACUGGGAAGCGAAGGACCGCGGCAGCUGGGAGGGCUGUCUGGAUAUAUUUUGACCUCGGCAUUGACUGCAAAGUGCCCCGAAGAGACUUACCAUCGAAGCCGCCUUGUGGAGAGCUACCGCAAAGGCGGUCCCACCCCCCACCUCUCCUUCCCAACCCCAUUUGGACGGUUGCCUCCAUCCAGUGGCUCUCUGUUCUAGGAGAUCUCCAGGACGGUCACUGCUGUCUAAUGCGGACGAGGGAGCAGGGUUUUCCCUCCUACCUCCCUCGUCCCAUUUUGGUUCCCUCGUCUCCUCGAGUCUUAGCACCCACCCCGCCUUGUUGCCGUCUGAGAGGACUGGGAAGGGUCAGGCUGAGCACAAGGGGGGAGGAAAUGAAAUAAGCAGUGCUUCCAGACCAUUAGUAGAUCAUUCUUUUUUAGUCUCUCUGCUCACAGUCUCUCAGAUCAGGAGCAGAAGAGGUUUUGUGCUGAUCACACCGUGUGAGAUAAUGUAGUGUUCUUAUUGUCAUCCACAGCAUUGUGUGCUUUGGUAAUAACAAAAAAAAAGGGGGUGGUUAAUAUAUACAUUUAUAUAUAAAUUCAAAUAAUUUCAUUAAAAUGUCGACCGGUGGCCUUCAAGACGUUAGCGAGGAUUUCUUGUUUAUCUCUCUGAUUUAGUGUCUUAAUGUAAUGAAGUGAAGGUUCUAGUGUGCUUGUGUGUAUGACUGCAUAUCUGCUCUUCCAUCACUUUACAAAACACUGCCACUGUGCAGUAUGCUGUGUGUAAAAAAAAAAGAUUGAAAGAAAUGAUUGUCCAAAAUACCGGUUAAACCUGUUCAUAAUUAAUAAUAAUUAGAAGAGUUUUUAUUUCCUUCACGAAGGCCUGAUGAAAAUGCUGAUGAGGCUAAACAGCCUUUUUUUCUUUGCCUUAGAAAUGGGCAACCUGCUCUCAUUUGUAUUUACAUCACACCUUAGUGGAUGCUGACAUUUGCAGCUGGUUUCUUGUACAAAAACUUUGAAGAAGUAGUCGGAAAAAAAGAGUACAGAAGCUGCGAAAUGGCAAAAAGCUUGUUCCAGUGCUGAUAAAAUCUCACAUUAGUGCAGUUUUAUUCAAUAACGAUUAAUGAAAUGACCCCUUUUUCACAAUAUUGGAAUAAUGUUUUUAGCCAUUUUGCAGAUAAAGUGAAUGGUAACUACGUUACAUGGUAACAAAAGAUGGUUUGGGAAACUUGGUGUUGACAGGAACAGACAAACGAGCAAAGAAAAGUAAAUGCAGUGGUGAAAUUAAACCUUUGUGUAUCCGUUGAAGAGGUCAUACAUAUGCAAGUAUUCUGACACCAAAAACAUGGGAUAUAAUGUAUGUGUGUGUGUGUGCGUGUGUGUGUGUGUGGGCGCGUGUGAAUUUCAUAAUUUUGUUUGUAAGUGUACUUAAAAAUGAAGAAUAAAGAAACAAAGAAUUUAAAAGCAUUGCAAAUAACUAUGAUUUUAUAAAUGUAUAGAAAUUCAUAUAGUAUUGAUAACUGUAAGGUAGUUUUUUCUCUUGUAUUUUUGGUUCCUCUCAUAUUAUUGGAAGAGGACUGUCUUCAUUUUCAGAAAAAAAAGGGAGUUUCCAUGCUUAACUGAGAGGGGAGACGUGACAUUGUUCAGUAUUUUGUAUUAACAAAGAAAAAGAAUCUGUAAUAAACAAAUGCUGUGAUGUCAAACAAAUAGCUUUUCAUAUUGUUCUUUAAUUUGUUCCAUUAAUAAUUAAUUAGGUAACACAAUUAAAGACUUGCCAAAUCA